UCAAAAUGUUGUUAAGGCAAGUACACAAUCCGUCGCAUACCUAUGGAUCGCCUUUAGUAGUAAUACGUUAAUCUCGAAGUUUUCAAAAUUCGUACGGAUUUCUAGAUCACUUUAUUCACUUCGUGCUUUGACGGUUUGACCAAAGCAAUAAACGUAAUUGAAUAUAAAAAUAAAAAAAAAUGAAUCAAAUAAUAAACUAAUUGAUAAACCGGUGAUAAAAAGAAACUUAAACUGAAAAUGUCAGUUCAAAAUAUUAACUGUGCGUAUGCAUUGUUUGGAAACGGUGAGAAACGAAAUGUGCCUGUGUCCUUCAUAGAAAAUUUUUCGCCAAAAAAUCAGACCGAUUUUAUAAGGAGAAAGAAAUAUAAAAUUUGGUCGCUGGGAAACAAAGGGCCCAAAGAUUUCUUAAGGAAUGGUUACAUUCUGCUGCUUGGUGCUGAUGAAAACGACAUUAACGAGCAAAAGAAAUCAAAACGAGUACAUGUUCCAAGUCAAAAACAUUUGAGUUUUUCAUCUUCAUCUGAAAGUGAAAAAAAGAAGAAAAAACAGCCUGUUAAAAGAAAACUCCAAUUUCCAUCCGAUGACGCAAAAAAACACGCAAAUGAAAAAAUUUUUAAAAACCGUUUGGAAUUACUUAAAACUCGAAAACUUAUUCGAGAAUCUGACGAGGACGAGAAUUCAGAUGAAACCAUUGAAAGUGUUGAUUCAAUGCCGACUCUGCCAGGAUUUACAGUGAAAAGAAAGAAUGAAGAAGGAUCAGAAUCAAGAAAACGGCAACGUAUUGUCGAGGAAACUGACGAAGAACUUUCAGAUUCAAAUGUUGACUCUCUUGACACAAUUAAUGAAGUUGACGGUACUCCUCAGCGUUUACGAUAUUCACCUUCAGGCGGUGGAGGUGAAAUUCAUGAUGCAUCAAACAGUAAUUCGAAGAUUCACAGUACAGUCAGAAAUACUCGUCGCGUGGAAACCUCGGAUUCGACGGCACGUAACGCCACGCCGAGAAAUACUCGUCGCAUAGAAACUCCAGAAUCGACGGCACGUAACGCCACGCCGAAAAAUACUCGUCGUGUGGAAACCCCAGAAUCGACUGCACGUAACGCCACGCCGAGAAAUACUCGUCGUAUGGAAACCCCAAAAUCUACUGCACGUAACGCCACGCCGAGAAAUACUCGUCGUUUGGAAACCCCAAAAUCUACUGCACGUAACGCCACGCCGAGACAUACUCGUCGUACGGAAACCCCAAAAUCAACUGCACGUAACGCCACGCCAAGAAAUACUCGUCGCAUAGAAACUCCAGAAUCGACGGCACGUAACGCCACGCCGAAAAAUACUCGUCGUGUGGAAACCCCAGAAUCGACUGCACGUAACGCCACGCCGAGAAAUACUCGUCGUAUGGAAACCCCAAAAUCUACUGCACGUAACGCCACGCCGAGAAAUACUCGUCGUUUGGAAACCCCAAAAUCUACUGCACGUAACGCCACGCCGAGACAUACUCGUCGUACGGAAACCCCAAAAUCUACUGCACGUAACGCCACGCCAAGAAAUACUCGUCGCAUAGAAACUCCAGAAUCGACGGCACGUAACGCCACGCCGAGACAUACUCGUCGUACGGAAACCCCAAAAUCUACUGUACGUAACGCCACACCGAGAAAUACUCGUCGUGUGGAAACCCCAGAAUCGACUGCACGUAACGCCACGCGGAGAAAUACGCGUCGUGUGGAAACUCCAGAAUCGACUGCACGUAAUGCCACGCCGAGAAAUACUCGUCGUGUGGAAACCCCAGAAUCGACUGCACGCAACGCCACGCCGAGAAAUACUCGUCGUGUGGAAACCCGAAAUUCGACUGCACGUAACGCCACGCGGAGAAAUACGCGUCGUGUGGAAACUCCAGAAUCGACUGCACGUAAUGCCACGCCGAGAAAUACUCGUCGUGUGGAAACCCCAGAAUCGACUGCACGCAACGCCACGCCGAAAAAUACUCGUCGUGUGGAAACCCCAGAAUCGACUGCACGCAACGCCACGCCGAGAAAUACUCGUCGUGUGGAAACCCCAGAAUCGACUGCACGCAACGCCACGCCGAGAAAUACUCGUCGUGUGGAAACCCGAAAUUCGACUGCACGUAACGCCACGCGGAGAAAUACUCGUAUAAACGUUACAAAUCAAAAUUCACAUAAUACAACUGAGGGUCUACGACGAGAGAUAACUAUAGAUAAUGAAGUAGUACAUAUAGGGGAAAAUGUUCAAACUGGCCUCGGCACUUGGGAAAUGAUUAAUCUAAAGAAAGAUGACUCAAAAUUUAUCAAGGAAAUGGCGAUGGUUAUUUGGACACGCGAAGGGCUUCAAAGAAAAUGUUUAAAUCCAGAAAGAGCUAAUAAACAUUUGGCAGAAGAAAACAUUCGGGAAGCAGUGACGCCAUCAAAAUAUCAAUUAUUGAAAGAUUUGCUGUUCGAUAAAUUAACGAAAUUAGGCGUAAGAGGAUACAAUAGAGAAAGAAGAGUCAAUAAAGUAUGGCGAUAUUUGUCACAAAAAAUAUAUUAUGAACAUAGUGUGUAUAAAAAAUCACAAAUUUUAUAAACUAGGACCUCUUACUCUUUUUAAGUUUUUUUUUAUGUUUGAUAAACAAUACCUGCAACUUGCAUAGCAAGUUUAAAUAUUAAAUUAAGUAUUAAUAUGAAAAAUCGUUUUGUUAAGUGCAAGAGUUUAACUUAGUAAUAAAAAUAUUAAUUAUUUUA